AAAAAUACCUGAAAAAAAUAAACGGUAAAACGAAGAAGUGGCGACACACACACAAGCGGCGAGAGCGCGCUAAAAAGUUUAUUAAGUAAAAAACCGAAAAGUAAAGGCACACAGUGCGUUUCAUUCCCCAUUCGCAAAAAAAAGUAAAAUCAAAAAAUAUAUUUUAUUAAAAAUGGUGGAAGUAAUAGAGCGGCGGAGAACGGCUGCGUGAGCCCAAAGCGCGGCCAAUUAAAAAACAACAACAGCAGAGCAGCAGAGCAGCAGAAGCAGUAGCAGCAGCCGUAGAAGAAGAAGCAGAAGACGACGAAGAAGCUGAAACAACCGAAGAGGAGAAGAAACAGCAAGAGCCUCGAAAAAGUACAUAAAAAAAGUAUAAAAUUUAAAUAAAGUGGAAGUCAGUCGGUAGACAAAAAGCGAACUAGCGACAAAAGAGAGGCGAGAAACUCCUAAAACCCUAACUGAAAACCACCUUAUCCAGCGCAACAACGAUAACAACAACACCAGGAGCAGCAGCAGCAGCAGCCAAACAUCACAAUCACACAAAUCCACAAAAAUGUACGGCAAAUCAAAGACAUCGGCGGUUCCAUCGGACGCCCAGGCCCGCGAAAAGUUGGCCCUUUACGUUUACGAAUAUCUGUUGCACGUUGGCGCCCAAAAGGCGGCACAGACAUUCCUCUCGGAGAUCCGAUGGGAGAAGAACAUAACGCUCGGCGAACCGCCGGGAUUCCUUCACACCUGGUGGUGCGUCUUCUGGGACCUGUACUGCGCGGCACCGGAGCGCCGCGAUCAGUGCGAUCACAGCUCGGAGGCAAAGGCCUUCCACGACUACGGAUUUGUAAGCUCCGGAUACGGCGUGAACGGAAUUGGACCAGGAGGCCCGCACAAUGCUGGCGGACCUGCGCCCAGUCCCCUGGGACAGAUGCCGCCCGGCGGCGAUGGCGGUCCAAUGGGUCCCGGCGGACCAAUGGGACCGAAUUUCUUCCCAAACUCCACGAUGCGACCGUCGCCACCCACGCACGCCUCCAGUCCGCAGCCGCCGCCAUCACAGAUGAUGCCCGGCCAGCCGCCGUUCAUGGGCGGUCCACGAUAUCCAGGCGGACCGCGGCCUGGCGUGCGUAUGCAGGGCAUGGGCAAUGAGUUUAACGGACCACCCGGCCAGCCGAUGAUGCCCAACAGUAUGGAUCCUACACGGCCAGGUGGCGGAAUGGGGCCGAUGAAUCCGCGAAUGAAUCCGCCACGCGGCCCCGGCGGCAUGGGACCCAUGGGCUACGGCGGACCGGGAGGAAUGCGUGGCCCGGCCCCCGGACCCGGCGGAAUGCCGCCAAUGGGCAUGGGUGGAGCGGGCGGAAGACCUCCGCAGUGGCAGCCGAACGCUUCAGCGCCGCUAAAUGCGUACUCAUCAUCAUCGCCAGGAAACUAUGGACCCGGACCCGGAUCAAAUGGACCGCCGGGACCGGGGACGCCCAUCAUGCCGUCGCCGCAGGAUAAUACGCAAGGCGGACCAGUUGGUGGACCCGGUGACAGCAUGUACGCCCUGAUGAAGCCCGAAUUCCCGAUGGGCGGUGGACCGGAUGGCGGAGGCGGCGGAGGAGGACCCGGCGGCAUGGGUCCGAUGGGUGGCGGGCCCAACUCGAUGGGCCCCGUACUUAAUGGUGGCGGUGGACCCGAUGGCUCCGGCCUCGACGGCAUGAAGAACUCGCCGGCCAACGGUGGACCAGGGACGCCGCGCGAAGAUUCCGGCAGCGGAAUGGGCGACUACAAUUUGGGUGGAUUUGGAGGACCAGGCGAGAACGAUCAAACGGAAUCGGCGGCCAUUCUGAAGAUCAAGGAGAGCAUGCACGAGGAAGCCAAGCGGUUUGAGAAAGACGCAGAUCAUCCGGACUACUUCAUGCCAUAACAACAUCACCAGCAACAGCAGCAGCAUCAGCAGCAUCUCAACACGGUGGCAGCCGCUGUGGCAGCUGUGGUGGCGGCUGCGGCGUCCAACGGAUCGGCGGGAAGCUCCUCGGCCGCUUCCAUUGCGGCUGCUGCGCUUGGGGCCGCGGCCUCCAAUCUGCUAAGCAAUGGCAACAACAAUUUCUGAAGGCGAAACCCACACACCACACCACAACACACACACAGAAAAUAAGAACGCGGUAGUAGAAAUCCUUGAUACAUAAGCAUAAAGUAAUUAACAUUUAACGCAUGUAUGAGAAAUAGAGAAAAGCGAAACAAAAAAGAAAACCUUAAAUAUAAUAGACUAAAGCAACAAUUGUAAAA